GGCUGCAUACACGCGUGUAACGCUUUCGCACGGAAAGGCCGGAGCAAGAGCAACGAAGCCGACGACGACUCAUGCCGGCGCCCGUCCCGACGCAUUGGCUCGACGACUUUGUCACGCCGGCCAUCUACACGACGAGCACGCUCUCGAUCCUUGGCUGCGCCUUCAUCUUUACCAGCGUCGCGCGGUCGUCCUCCGUGCGCGCCGACGCUGUCGACAUGACAACGCGCCUCAUCGUGGUCAUGUCGGUCAUCGACCUCUUGGACGUGUCGUUCAAGCUCUUUGGUACCUACGCGUACGCCCAUCCAACGCUCUGCAACGUCCAGGGCUUUGUCAUGAACGCCGCUGGCAUCUCGGCGGUCUCGUGGCUCUCGUGUAUGUCGCACUCGUGGUACUGCUGGGUCGUCCAUGGCGACAGCGAAGCGCGUCUCCGGAGCCGCUUUGGCGCCUAUCUUGCACUGAGCUUCCUCCCGUCCAUUGCUGUCUCGCUCUACCUUGGGAUUGACGGCAAGUACGGCCCCGCGACGUUCUACUGCUGGAUCGCCGACACGCACCAAGACCUCCGACUCUCGUGCUUCUUCACGUGGGUCGGCGCAUCCGCGCUCUUUAUCGUCCUCACGAGCUUCCUCGUCUGCCUCGAAGUGUCGCGCCGCGCCAAGCUGUGCCCUUUUCCCGGUUGCACAAGGUGUCAUGCUGUGUGUAGGCAAGAAAACACUGAAGUCGAAGCGUCCGUGUCGGCCAUCUACAACAAGCUCGCGGCGUACGUCUCGGUCUUCCUCUUUGUAUGGGGCCCUUGCAUUCUCAACCGGCUCGUCGAGUGGCACCAACGCCCAAAUGACCCGCCAACGCUAUGGCUUCUCGGUCUCCACAUUGUCUGCAACAACUCACAAGGGUUUCUCAACGCCAUGAUCUAUGGCGGCGCGUUUCGGCUGCUCCGAAAGCGCUGCGGCGGCGACGACGUUGAGGACGACACGGCGAGCAUUCGCACGAGCUUGUGCUCGACGCAGCCCAUCGCAGACACCUCGUCGCGCAUGCUCUCGAUCUUUGCGACGACGUUCAACAUGGGCGAAGGCGCCGCGCCGCCCGAUCUCUCGCAGUGGAUUGCGGUGGGCCACGACCUCUACGUGGUUGGCAUUCAAGAGUGCUUGGACCUCGGCGGUCUCCGCGCAGCGAUCAAGUCGUACCUCGAACGCAGCGCGCGGCGGCCGUUUGCCGACUACACGCGGGACAUUGGGAGCACCAACACGGCCUUGGGCUACCACGGCUUUAUCGGUAUCUUUAUUUUUGUGCCGCAAGACAGCGUCGACGCCGGUCACUUUUCGAUCCCGUCGCCGACCAACCCCGAGGUCAACUGCGGCAAGACGCUGCACAUGCGCACGGCCAAUAAAGGUGCUGUCGGCGUCGCUUUUCGGUUUCUCGAUACGUCGAUCGCGGUCGUCUCGUGCCACCUCGCGUCCGACGCCAAAGGCAAGAGUCAGCUCGCGCGGCGCAACGAAGACGCCGCGCUCGUGUGGCAGUCGCUCCACCUCUCGUCGGACGACCACGUGAUGGACUUUCCGCUAUUGCAUCACCACACGAUCGUGCUCGGUGACUUGAACUACCGGCUCACGCGCCUCCACGCGUCGCCCGAGACGAUCCUCGACCUGGUCCAAGGCGCCAUGCACCAGCGCAAGUGGCCCAAGCACGUCACAUCGCCACCGCCGUCGUCGUCGACCACGGCCACGGACGACGACAAUACCAACGAGCUGCCGUCCUUGUCGUCUCCUGUUCUGGACGGGGCGUGGGCACAUGUGCUUGACCACGACGAGCUCCGCGCCGUCUUGCAGCAGCGCUUGGCAUUUGCGGGGUUUGCCGAAGCGCCAGUCACGUUUCCGCCGACCUUUCGAAGGAUACGGGGCACGUCGCUCUUGACGGCCGCCAAGAUCAGCGACAGCUUCUCGCUGCAUGUCGCCAAUGGUGGCGGCGUCCGUGUCCCGUCCUACACGGACCGCAUUUUAUUUCACUCGCUCCCCGAUUUGAUACCCAAUUUGCGCUGCUCGGGCUACCAAUCGCACGAGAGCGUCGACAUGUCGGACCACAAGCCCGUGAGCUGCGUCUUCCUCAUCGCGACCAAGGAGUCGCCGUUUCAACUCCCGCUCGAUGUGACCCUCUUGAGCGAAGCGCACCGCCCGUCGCGGAUGACGGACUAUAAUGGCGUCAAAGACUGCACGAUCGCGAUCCAAGACCUCCAUGUGCAGUGGAUCUCACCGCACGAACGAGCAUCUCUCGACGCCACCAACGACGACGGUCUCGACGCCGUUAGCGACGAGCCGCAGCGCGUGACGACAAUCUUUCCUUUGCCGCUCGAAGAUAUCUUUGCCGAGCAGCGCAAGCUGCACGAACUGGCUGCGCGCUGGGAGCACGGCGUCGUCAAGGCCCCCGUCGGUCGGCACCGUCGGAAUUUCAACCAGUUUCACGUGCCAAUCGAGGACGCAAUGCAGCGUGGCAUCGUCCACCGCUGCUACGCGCAGGCCAAGCGCCACAUGCACUUGGCGCUGAGCGUCCACACGAACUCGCGGUCGCUCGGACAGUGCACGCUGAGUCUCGACGACGCAUUUAUACACGCCAACCGCGGUCAUUGGGUCCACUUCGAGCACGACUUGAGCGCCAGCGGGGUUCGAACCGGCGUCGUCCGUGGUCGCCUCAUGUUUAAAAGCAAAUAA